CCAGCCUUUUGGGCUUCCAAAAUUCUGGUCGGUGAAUCAACCGUCUAAACUGUCUUUUCGUAGCUCUUGAUGAACAAUCUUGCUCGAUCUCUACACAAAUCUUCCCACAAAAUUUACAAAAUAUAUACUUCAAUCAUACUAUACUGCUGUAAAACCAAGAAAUCAGUGGAACCCAGAACACCCAAUUCGUUUUUUGAUGCAAAAUAUAACUAGUUGAAAUCACUCAUUUCAAGAUUUGUUGAUAGAUCUACUGUAUUGGGUUUUGGGUUAAUCCAGUGUAUGGUUUUGAAUCUUAUGGGUAUUUGAAAAAACAUGGGUUGUUCAUAUUGAAGUGCUUCAUGGGUAUGUUUGUAAUGUGAUGGGUUUUGAAGAAAUGUUGUUUGUUGUGGAGAUUCAGUGUGUUUUAUGGUAACUUGAGUUGAUUAGCUGAUUUGGGUUGGUUUGAAAAUUUUAUUUUUGUAAAAAAAUUUGGAUCUUUUCUGUUGGUUUUGAUUUGGGGUUUUUGAGGAGAUGAUGUUUUGGAGGGAAAGGGAAAGGGAGACUAAAGAACAGAAUGGUGGUCCACCUUGUGGACAAGUUAGGGUGCUUGUUGUUGGAGAUUCAGGUGUGGGGAAGACUUCUCUUGUUCAUCUGAUUCUCAAUGGUUCUUCCAUCGUUCGUCCUCCUCAAACAAUUGGCUGUACAGUCGGAGUAAAACACACUACUUAUGGAAAUUCUGGUAGCUCCUCAACUAGCAUAAAAGGUGAUGCUGAGAGAGAUUUUUUUAUUGAACUCUGGGAUAUAUCAGGACAUGAUCGUUACAAAGAUUGCCGAUCUCUGUUCUACUCACAAAUUAAUGGUGUUAUCUUUGUAUAUGAUCUAUCUCAAAGAAGGACAAAGACAAGCUUGCAGAAGUGGGCUGUAGAGAUAGCAACAGCAGGGACAUUCUCAGCUCCUCUAGCUUCAGGAGGUCCUGGUGGUCUCCCUGUUCCUUACAUUGUCAUUGGCAACAAAGCAGAUAUCGCUACAAACGAGGGUGUUAGAGGAAGCAGUGGCAAUCUUGUUGAUAUGGCUCGGCAGUGGGUUGAGAAGCAAGGUCUACUUCCGUCAAGUGAAGAGAUCCCACUGACUGAGAGUUUUCCUGGUGGUGGAGGUCUUAUUUCGGCCGCCAAGGGAGCAAGAUAUGACAAAGAAGCUGUCAUGAAGUUUUUCCGCAUGUUAAUCAGGAGGAGAUACUUCUCAGAUGAUCUACCCGGUAAUCAUUGGUCUUCUCCAGUUCAGAAACCACUACAUGGAUCAAGCGAAAUUUCAAAUGAUGAUGAUCAUUUGUAUAAAAGUAAAAGUUCAAGUUAUAUCGGUGACUCCUACAAGUACAACACUCUCCCUCCUUUACCUGCUCAACGCAAUCUCACACCGCCUCCCACUCUUUACCCACAGCAACCCAUGUCCACACCUGACAAUUAUAGCAUCCCCAGAUUUGCCAGCACGCAAGACAUGAGCAGUGCCAGAUAUAAGCGCUCAGAUAUCAACGUUUGAUGAUCGUUCCUCCUUUUUAAUGUAAUCACACACAUUUUCAGGACAUAAUUUGUCUUGUAAAAUGUUUCAAUUCAUUCUUUUCAACUCAUUGUGAGGUUCUUGAAGUUGUAGGGUAAAGUUGAAAGGCUUAUAUAAUACAAAGAUCUUUGAAGUUUAUACAAAGAUCUUUGUUAUAGGGGGCACCAUUUCUUUGUUCCUUUGUUUUUGUAUUAGAAAUUUAAAGGGGUGUACAAGUUUAGUUAAAUUUGCUAUGACAUAAU